UUCAGUGUUUUUGAGGUCCUGCUCUACUGGGAUGCAGAGGCUCUCUGGAGCACGUGCUCAGCGGUUGCUCGCCACGCUUCCUUGUCUCGUGAGUCCUCCCUAGAGCUGAGGACGAAGAGGACGCAGUUUGUGUUCUCGCCUGUCGCUCCGCCAGCUGCUCGAUUCCGUAGAGGAGAUGCGGACGGACCGUGUGCUGCUGCUGCUGCAACCAUCGGCGGGGGAUUUCGGUGCUUUACCCGGGAUAGCCGAUCACUGCGUUUCGUGCGCCAGUUGUCUCCAAAAUCUCAGUGGUUCAUUAUUUAGGAAUUCAACUCCUGGUGACACCUCAUUGUCAAGGCCGAGGAAACCUGAGAGGAGGAGAGCUGACAAGCCAAUGAGACAACGUGUCAGGCGUAAGCACAGGAAGUAUUCUGACAACAUUUAAACACACAGGCGCACUUUGCUCUCACAUUAAAUUACACAUGAGAAAUAAUCUCAGUCUUCAUCAGCAGAUAUGUCUUCCACUUUUCAGCCGUCAAAAUAGAAAAGGUAUUUUUAUUUGAUGAACUUGUACGAGAAGAGCCUUCUGUCUUCUGAGUUUGUGUUCCCACAGAUCGACCAUCAGCCGCGGGACAUGAGAGACACCUGUGGGAGAUAAACUGUCCUUUGGGGUGAGGUAGUAGGUUGUAUAGUCUUAGGGUCAUUCCCAAGCUGUCAGAUGACUAUACAACUUACUGUCUUUCCUGAAGCGGCUGUAAUGGCGGCGCCUUCAUCAGCAUCGGCACAGAGGAAAAAACAACUUCAACACUGCAGAUCACAUAUUUUUAUAAAUGCAUAUCUAUAUAACGCUAACAAUGAGAGCAAUGUAAUAGAUUUUGAGACAGUUAAGAGGGAGAUCAUGAAUGUGUGUAUCUAUGUCUUCAGCAUGUCGGCUAUCCGUUUUGAUUACCUGACCAUCUUCUGAGUAUAUCUUUUAACUAUAAUGUCAUCAAAAGUAACCUGGCUGUAUUUACACAGUAGCUACACAGUCGGACAGAGACGAGAUAAGUGUACUCCAUGGUGUUCGUACAGGGUGAGGUAGUAGGUUGUGUGGUUUAAGGGUUGUUAUUUUACCCCAUCGGGAGCUAACUAUACAACCUACUGCCUUCCCUGGAGGGCAACAAUACAUCACAGGGGCACACCUUUCUACUCAGAAAGAAACUCAUUGCGCACUGGAUUUCAAAUGGCGUGGAAGACUUAAGAAGACCAGGUGCCGAGGUCCCUGCAAAGUGUCAUAAAUUACACCCUCCCACAUGUCUGCCUGUGUGAGAUCAUCCUCAGAACAGUGCGCUCGUCUUUCACUUCAGGCUGCACACUUUGAAACGUUGCUGAGCACCCACACACAGUAGAUGGCGCUAGAUAUUUGUACUUUUUUUUUAAACGUCUUGAAGUUAAACCAUAUUAAGAGUCCUUUGCAAUUACGUUGACAUUCAUACAGAAAAAUUCAAUGUUAAAAUGUUAGCAGUUUAUCACAUUUCUUAGUCUCGUUGUGAGUAAAAUAUGUAUCAGUAAAGAACCCUAAAAUGACUUUCAAAUAAAGUUGUUGGAUACAAUUGUUGUAUGGAGUGAAACGUGCUGUAGGUGACACUUGUUAAAAGUCCUACAUUUGAGACUUUGAGAAAAUUCCGUCAAGUUGGAGCACCACUACAUGCGGUAUGUUUACUCUCCUAUUGGGUAACUAAACAUACCAUAGUAUACAAUGCAUAUACAGCCAGCUCCAAAACGUUAUAUAUAUAAAUAAAUAACGGUACAUCUUAAGUGAUUUAGGAGAGACGGAGAAGUAAAGGCAUACUUCCAAAACAAAACCCAAGAAAAAAAAGUCCGUUUUCUUUUUUUUUAAAUCCCUGUGACCCCAUUGGUCGGAACCAUAGGUGUGUCAGGGGGUGUGAGCGCGUCCGGCCGUCGUCGCGUCACUUCCGGCAGAGAGGACGUGCGGAUGUGUGUGCGGCGCGCCGGGAGGCGACAACGCAUGAAGUUUCACAGCGGAUCGGGACCGCAGCGUCCCGGUACCGAGGGGCGGCCAUGCCGUCAGCAGCAUCUACAAGUGCUUCCGAUCGCAUCCUCUGAGUCUGGUGAGUGAGGGGUCGCUCCUGGUUUGACUUGCUCUCCGCCAUGGCCGGGGAUCUCUUUAGCCCCCCGUCCCCUCUGGGGGACUCCCUGCUCGACAGUCCGCUGUGUGGAGACCUGAUGGAGGACCUUCGCGACAUCUCCCGCUCCAUCGGCGACGACGACGCUCUGGGAUUCGAUUUCCCGGCGUACCAGAGCACCGGCUCAGGGUCCGAGAGCUCCAUCGCGCUGGACACUUUGACCCCAGCCUCCAGUCCCUCGUCGGGGGUGGGCGCGGCCGCCCCCAGUCCGGAGGAGAGCUCGGGCCCCCUCAACCUGGAGUGCCGGGUGUGCUCGGACAAGGCCUCCGGCUUCCACUACGGCGUGCACGCCUGUGAGGGCUGCAAGGGUUUCUUCAGACGGACCAUCCGGCUGAAGCUGGAGUACGAUAAGUGUGAACACAACUGCAAAAUCCAAAAGAAGAACCGCAACAAGUGCCAGUACUGCCGAUUCCACAAGUGCCUCUCUGUGGGCAUGUCCCACAAUGCCAUCCGGUUCGGUCGGAUGCCUCAGGCGGAGAAGCUGAAGCUGAAGGCCCAAUGCAAGACGGUGGCGAAAGAGGUGGCGAGCCCCGCGCUGACCGACCACAAGAGUCUGGUCGGGCACAUCCACGAGGCCUACGUGGCCAACUUCAACAUGAGCAAGGCGAAGGCUCGCCUCAUACUCACCGGAAAGACCAGCAAGCCGCCGUUCAUCAUUCACGACAUGGAGACGUUCCAGCUGGCAGAGCGGACGUUGGCGGCCCAGGUGGGAAACGGCGACGGUCCGGCGCUGGAGAGCGGGCCUCGUGCUGGGGAGGGGUUCGUGUGCGGGGAACUCCAGCAAAGGGAGGCUGAGGCCAGGCUCUUCCACUGCUGCCAGAGCACCUCGGUGGAGACGGUCACGGAGCUGACGGAGUUCGCCAAGGCGGUGCCGGGUUUCCCGAACCUGGACCUGAAUGACCAGGUGACCCUGUUGAAGUAUGGUGUUUAUGAAGCCCUCUUCACCCUCCUGGCCUCCUGCAUGAACAAAGACGGCCUCCUGGUGGCUCGCGGCGGAGGCUUCGUCACCCGAGAGUUCCUCAAGAGCCGCCGGCGGCCAUUUAGCGACAUGAUGGAGCCAAAAUUCCAGUUCGCCACACGCUUCAACUCCCUGGAGCUGGACGACAGCGACCUGGCCCUUUUUGUCGCUGCCAUUAUCUGCUGCGGAGAUCGCCCAGGCUUGGUGGAUGUGCCUCAAGUGGAGAGGCUGCAGGAAAGCAUCGUUCAGGCCCUCCGGCUCCACCUGCUGGCCAAUCACCCGGACGACAACUUCCUCUUCCCCAGACUGCUGCAGAAGCUGGCUGACCUGCGGCAGCUGGUCACGGAGCACGCGAAGUUGGUGCAGGAAAUCAAAACAACGGAGGACACGUCGCUGCACCCGCUCCUGCAGGAGAUAUAUAGGGACAUGUACUGAGUGGAUGCCACGUGUUCAUGAACAUGCGUUGGGACUGUUUAUGUAGGCCAAGUGGAAACCGGGUGUCUGUAAAGAUCUACUGAUGCUUUCACACACAUCAAUGCACUGGAAGCAGCGCAUUGUGCAGCUCCUGAGGCUGCACACUGCUGGGGAGAGGCAGCUUUUGUAGGUGUUGUGGCUGUUUCAAUGAAAGGGGAGACAGUGGAGAACAAACUGUUGUGAUCUUACACCACAGAUGUGUAAAAAUGUUUGGUAAUGAUCUUGAUCUCAGAGCAGCCAAUUGCUAUGGAUUGGGUCCCGGAUGCCAGCUUUCACUCUGCAGACUGAUCAAAAGCUAAAUAAGAGGAGGACAUGGCAAGUUUGGCAACCAUUUUAAAAUGGUGUACACCCAAUAAGGAUAUCUGGACAUGGCUGCCGCAGUCAUGUAUGCACUGAUAAUAAAUAUUAAUCGUGAACUGUAAAAGAAGCAGAGCUGUUAGAGAGGUUAUAACAUUUUAAUCCUUGAGGAAAACAUAGUGUUGGUUGUGCCGUAGGCAAAUCAAUAAUUAAAUAUUCCAUUUAUUUUGGAAAUCUAGUGCAUGUUAGUUCAACUCAUAAGAUUAGAUUCAGCUUUGUCGGGUCCUUUCUUUGUGUACUAGAACCGUAUUGAAAUCAGCAACAAUCUACCUACCACCAGUUUGAGAGUAUUGGGUGAAGAAACACUUGUCAUUAUUUAACGUGUGCCAUAAUGUUUCAAACUUGUAAAUCAUAUUUUCUAUACUUUGACUAUACUUAUACAUUUAGCACAGAUCAAGGCAAUUGUCUGUUCAGUUUUGGAUCAGAGAAUGUUCUGAUAUCAUCAAUCAUGAACAAGAAUUAAUUUAAUGCAUGCAGCCAUUGUUUGACAAAUAUUGUAAUUUUAAGUGUAAUAAAAUGUAUUUGAAUCCUUAACCUUCUGCUAAAAACAUGACGGCUCUCGUUACCUAAGGUUUCUUGCACAAAUCCUGCCAUCAAGACUCAUUGUUGACCCGUGAAUAUUUUGACUACAAGCACAAUAAUAUGUCAAGCUGGAUUAUGUUUUAUUUUGUAAACAUAAGAGGAAUGUGGUUACCACAGUGAAAAUUUCCACUGACAGUAAAGCAGAUUGUUGGAUAGGAGGACCUAGUUGCUUCACCUCCAAUGUUGUAUUAAAAAACUGUUUGUCAGAAUGAAACUGUUUAUUUUUUGUAUCAUGCAGUGUACAAUACAAUUACAUCUGAUGUUUCAAUAACAUGAAUUAUGUUAUGUGGUAGUUUCAAAUAAACUUAAUAUAUUUAACUUUUA